GGAAUGUUGGUGGUCGAGAGGGAGGCAGUGGGAUUCCCACCCAGAAACCGGUCGUCCUAUUGUCGUCGCACACUCCUUGUCCUCAGUCAGACGAAGCCAGCCAGUAAACACACGCGAGGAUGUUGGUGGCCCUGUUGUUUGUGGUGGUGGUGGUGGUGGGCGGCCAGCUUGGGGUGACGGCUCUUAGCAGGGCAGAAAGUGACCGGGGCGUGCAGGAAGGGGUGGAGGAGGUGAAGCAAACACUGGCGCAACACUCUCAGGCUCUACAACUGCUACUCAACGUUACCACUCGCUUACUCACUCAAGAUCGUGAGUGUCCUCCGCCAUUCCGACGUGUGAUGAACGAGUGCUUCUUCCCCGGUAAAAACCCGCUGACCUGGGAUGAAGCGCGCCAACACUGCCGUGGUAUGGGCGGGGACCUGGCCGCUCCUGAGCACCUCUACGCCCUCAAGAGCUUCUUCGCCACAGAAAUGAGUUACCUCUGGAUUGGUGGCACCAAGGACAUAGUGGAGGACCAGUGGCGCUGGGUGACGGGUGAGGCACUCAGGCCAGGUGAUUGGUGCCGGGGGUCGCCUGAGAUCACGGUGGGAGCCCGGGACUGUAUCUACAUGGAAUUAGACUGUCAUCCGCCCCUUCGCUCAGGGUCUUGCCUAGGCAGCAGGAAGUACAUCUGCCAGUACCGUCCCUGAAGUGUUAGGGACCAUCCCUGGAGUCACUACAGCACGACACUCCUGGGCCGCUAGUGUGUGACUGUUUAAUUCAAAGUGAAUGUUUGUAAAAAAAUUAUUAUGUGCGAUGAUUAUUUACCAAUAAAAUUAUUAUUAUAAA